CUGUCGCAAGUUUGACAUCGGUAAUAUUUCCGUUUUGCUCAACUCCUUUCCUUUUUGACAAGCAGACAUAAAAGCUGGUCUUUUUUUUGACCUGCCGUAAAAAUCUGCUUUUUUCAUUAACAUCUUUUAAAAGAAAUAAUCCAUAAUGGUUGUUAAGAAGCCCAAGCCAAAGAAGAAGCCAGUGACCAAGAAGGUUGCCCCAGCUCCUUUGGCCGUCAAGAAGCCAGUCGUCAAGAAAGUUGUUAACCAACUUUUCGAAAAGCGCCCCAAGAACUUUGGCAUUGGACAAAACGUUCAACACAAACGCGAUUUAUCUCGCUUCGUAAGAUGGCCCAAGUACAUUCGCGUCCAACGCCAAAAGGCUGUUUUGCAAAAACGUUUGAAGGUGCCCCCACCAAUUCAUCAAUUCAGCCAAACUUUGGACAAGACCACCGCCGUCAAAAUGUUCAAGUUGUUGGAGAAAUACCGUCCUGAAUCCGCCAUUGCCAAGAAGCAACGCUUGAAGAAGAUUGCUGAAGCCAAGGCUGCCGGUAAGGAUGUCCAGCCCAAGAAGAAGCCCUCUUUCAUCCGUGCUGGUACCAACACCGUCACCAAGUUGGUAGAACAAAAGAAAGCUCAAUUGGUCGUCAUCGCUCACGAUGUUGAUCCCCUUGAGUUGGUAUUGUUCUUGCCUGCCUUGUGCCGCAAAAUGGGUGUCCCAUACUGCAUUGUCAAGGGUAAAGCCCGUCUCGGUAUGUUGGUCCGUCGCAAGACCUGCACCGCUUUGGCUUUGACCAACGUCGAAGCUAACGACAAGGCCAACUUCAGCAAGGUUGUUGAAGCCAUCAAGACCAACUACAACGAUCGUCAUGAUGAAAUCCGCAGACACUGGGGAGGUGGUAUUUUGGGUUCAAAGAGUUUGGCUCGCAUCGCUAAAUUGGAACGCGCCAAGGCUCGCGAACUCGCCCAAAAGCAAGGUUAAGACGCUGACUUUGUGUUAUGUUUUAUUAAAAUACACAUUUUUUAUUUGAUAACAAUGGCUUAAAUCAAACGGCUAUAUGCAAGAGGAAGAACUGUUUUAAAGUUUGAUUCUUAAAAAAAAGUAAUAAAACUAAAACUUAGUUUGAUAUAAACUUUAAA